AUGAAACCUGGCCAAAAAUCUCAGUAUCGAAUUCUCAAGACCGGCGCUGUGCCUACGGCCACCGAACAACGCUCAGAGGAAACUACGGUCCCUCUACCAUCCACAUCACCACCAAGUACUGCACUUCCAUCUGCCCCUUCAUCAGGGCCAUCAAAUGUCGCAAGUGAGGAGGAGGCUGACUCAGAAGUUGACAUGGAACGUGAACUUCUUGAUCUGAGCAAAAGUUUUGAGGAUUGCGGCUUGAAAGAUGUCAGCUUUGUACUGCCAAGCUCCCAGUCAUCUUCCAGCGCAGGGACUAUGUCGGGGUCUGGAAGCAUUUCUCAAGACACAGAGAGAGGUGCGAAAUAUUCCACCUACUCCUUCCAAAACGACUCUGCAAAAGAAAUCGUGCAUUUUGAACUGGUCCAGGUCACAGAGGCGAGCAGCUCAGUUGCAAUGGAGGUUAUGGGACUUCAGAGAGGCCUCAGUGAGUUGCUUGAUCGUGGGGUAGAUAUAGGAGUCAUGACCACCGACCGUUCACCGUCUGUAAGGAAGCUGAUGAGGGAAGAACAUCCUACUAUCCAGCAUGAGUUGGAUUCAUGGCAUGUUACCAAGGGUAUCAAGAAGAACAUAGUCGCUGCCUCAAACAGGAAGGGUCAAAAAGAACUGUUCACCUGGCUCAAAGCCAUUACGAAUCACCUGUAUUGGUCAUGUGACACAUCAAAUGGAGACCAGGAGCUUUGUGUCCGUCGAUGGACUUCCCUGCUGUACCACAUCAUUGGGGUGCAUCGAUGGGAAGAAGGGAGCAGUGAGCACACCUGUCUCCACCCCCCCUUGUCUGAUGAGGAGCAAGAGAGGAAGAAGUGGAUUUCACCUGAUUCACCUGCUUUCUCCGCCCUGAAGGACAUAGUCACCAACCGAAAUCUCCUUCAUGACCUGCGGCAGAUGACGUUGUUCAAGCAUACUGGACCUCUGGAGGCCUACCACUCAGUGAUGCUGAAAUAUGUCCCAAAAAGACUGCACUUCAAUUAUGACUCCAUUCGGGCUCGGACACAAUUAGCAAUCAUGGAUCAUAACGAAAAUGUUGGGAGGCAACAGGCCACAACUAAAGCAGGUGAACUCCGUUGGUCCUUCCCAUAUUCCAGGCAGUCAGGGGAUUGGGUGUCAAAGCCCAUCUACCAGAAGACGACACAGACCUUCAGAAGGACCCUAAUUGAGCGUGCCUUGGAGAUGAGGGAUGAUGCUAGUAUAGCAUACACAGAGCAGUACAAGAAGCCACGUUGCAAAAGACUGCUUCAGAAUAUUGCUCCAGUCGCCAGACCAGACAAAAACUUUUUAGUGGCUAGACGGACCAGUCGCUUUGGAGGAUUGAGAGCUAAGCCCUAUUAG